UACUGCAGCUACACGACCAUGGAGCUUGACUCUAAGGAAAUUGUCUAUGUGGCCACUAUAGACAAGCGACAGACCAACUGGAACUCCAAUAUCAUGGAGAAGGAGGGUUUUAUCCAGACUGUGGACAAGCUUACCCAAGACCUAAAGGUAGUGGAGUUCUGCACGGAUGCUCAUGUCCAGAUUGCAGCCCUUUUGAACCCAGACAAAGGCAGAUAUAAGGAUCUGAGAAUUCACCACAGCCUGGACAUGUGGCACGGUGCCAAAAAUCUGUCCAAAAAGAUCUCUACCACAGGAAAGGUGAAAGGACAGUCUCUUCUCAUUCACUGGCUGAGGGAUAUAGUUAACCAUUUCUGGUGGUGCUGCAAGACAGCAGAGACAUUUCAGCAGUUUCUUACACUUUGGAUUGGAGUUCUGCAUCAUGUUUGCAACAAUCACACCUGGGAAACGGGAAGCUGCCAACACGAUCACCUUGAAGACACUCAGGGUAAACAGUGGAUUGAGAGAAAUUCGAAGAGCCACAAAGCACUAGUGGACAUCGUCCUCAACAAGCGCUGGCAGAAGGAUGUCCACAAGUAUCUGCGCUUCAGAUCAACUGCACAUCUUGAGUCAUUUCAGAAUCACAUUCUGAUGUAUGCCAGCAAGCGCCAGGCCUUCACUCCCCGUGUGUAUGACUCAAGAGUUGCGCUCGCAGCUCUGGACUACAAUUUCCACCGCGAACGGCCAACAUACUGGACAGCAGAGGGCCAACAAGUUCUUAGGAAGAAGUACAACAAGAAUGCAAGAAGAUAUAGCCUUUACGCCGUGAAGUGUGAGAAAUCGUAUGGUUACAUCCCUGAGUUGCAAGCCCGCAGUCACAAGUGGAGUUGGGAUGCCGCGACGGAGGACCCUACAUCCAGAUGA